AUGGGCAAUGUUAUUCCCAAUAUUCCAAUUGAUGCUCGAUGGUCACAAAAUGGAAAGACCGUUGCUGGAGGCAAUGGACAAGGUAAUGCCACAAAUCAACUCAAUGAUCCAUGGGGUCUCUUCGUUGAUGAUGAUCAAACGAUGAUCAUUGCUGACUGCCGGAAUCAUCGUAUCGUCCAAUGGAAGAUGGGUAAUAAGAAUGGACAAGUUGUAGCUGGUGGAAGAGGCCAAGGAAAUCGGUUAGAUCAAUUGAAUGAGCCAAUCGAUGUGCUAAUCGACAAAGAGACUGAUAGUCUCAUUAUCUGCGAUUGGUGUAAUCAACGAGUCGUACGAUGGUCUCGUCGUAGUGGCACAACUCAAGGAGAAAUCCUCGUUGACAACAUCAAGUGUCGGGGAUUGUUUAUGGAUGAUCAGAGAUAUCUCUACGUCUCUGGCUACAAAAAACAUGGAGUACGACGAUAUCAAAUAGGAGAGAAGAAUGGAAUUCUCGUGGCUGGUGGAAAUGGCAAUGGUGGUGGUCUCAAUCAAUUCAACUGGCCCACCUCCAUCUUUGUUGAUCAACAACAGACUGUCUACGUGUCAGACAACAACAAUCAUCGUGUGAUGAAAUGGAAUAAACGUGCAACAGAAGGAAUUGUCGUCGUUGGAGGUCAAGGCGGCGGGAAUUCUCUGACACAAUUGUAUUGUCCUUACGGACUCUUCGUCGAUACGCUGGGUACCAUCUAUGUGGCAGACUCGGGGAAUCAUCGAGUCAUGCGUUGGCCUAAAGGAGCAAGACAGGGUACUGUCAUUGUGGGUGGAAAUGGUAAAGGAACAGGAGCAAAUCAGUUCAAUCAUCCCGUUGGUUUGUCCUUCGAUCGACAAGGCAAUCUCUAUGUCACCGAUUAUUGGAAUCACCGUGUUCAAUUUUUUUCAAUUCAAUAA